CAGGGCCCCGCGUGAGCCGCGAGUGCGCAACAGGAGUCGCGGCCUGCGGUAAAGCAGCUGAACGCACGUUGUGUGCCGCGGUCAGAGUGGGUGCCGCCAACUGAGCUGCAGCUGCCACCCCACCUAGACUUCUUGGUACCCAGGAAGGUGGGUUUUGUCGACAGCCAGCGUGUCAGUUCAACACCAGCUACCCGAGGGAGCAAAGACGUAAGUCAAGGAAUAGAAAAUGGACUAAUACAAGAUCAAAAGUGAAAAUCAGUGAAAUUGAAAACAGACAAGUAAUGGAGAAAAUCCAUGAAACAAAAAUCUGGUUCCUCAAAAAUAAAAAAGCUUUUAGCUUCCACUCUUGACCCAUAUGGUUGAUGCAGGCUACCAAAAUAAAUAUGAUUCAGGCUAUGCAAGGCCUUCUGGCUUUAAACCAGCAGGAAGAACUUGUGGAUUUACCAAACAACUACCCUUUGAGUGUUAGUGAAGAUGAGGGGGACAGUGACAGAGAGAGAAAGCAUCAAAAGCUUCUGGAAGCAAUUGGUUCUCUUGAUGAAAAGAAUAGGUGGAAAUUGGCUGAAAGAUCUGAAGCUAGUUUGAAGAUAUUAGAAUUCACUGUGAGUUCUGAAAGAUCAGAAGAAAAGCUGGUCCUUUCAGAUCUUCUUGAUCCUGUUAGAACUUCGUCUUCAUUGGCUGCUAUGAAAAAGCAACUGAAUAGAGUUAAAUCCAGGAAGACUGUGGAAUUACCUCUUAACAAAAAAGAAGUUGAACAGAUCCACAGAGAAGUAGCAUUCAAUAAAGCAUCACAAACCCUCUCCAAAUGGGAUCCUAUUGUUCUCAAGAACCGGCAAGCAGAGCAGCUGUUGUUUCCCCUGGAGAAGCAGCAGUCACCCUUUGUUCACAUUGAACUUGUCUUCAGUGGCUAUAAGGCAAGAACUCCUCUGGAGCAAGAGAUUUUUAACCUCCUUCAUAAAAACAAGCAGCCAGUGACAGACCCUUUAUUGUCUCCCAUGGAAAAGGCCUCUCUCAAAGCUAUGAGCCUAGAAGAGGCUAAGAUGCACCGAGCAGAGCUUCAGAGGGCCCGGGCUUUGCAGUCCUACUAUGAGGCCAGGGCAAAAAGAGAGAAGAAAAUCAAAAGUAAAAAGUUUCACAGAUUUGUAAAGAAAGAAAAGGCCAAGAAAGCCCUAAAAGAUUUUGAUCAGCUGUGGAAAGUGAAUCCUACUGUUGCACUGGAUGAACUGGAAAAAACUGAAAAGGCCAGAAUGAUUGAGCGAAUGAGCCUUAAGCACCAGAACAGUGGGAAAUGGGCCAAGUCAAAGACAAAUAUGGCCAGAUAUGACCUGGAGGCUCGCCAAGCUGUGCAAAAACAAUUGGCUAAGAACAAAGAACUGACAGAGAAACUCCAGGUAAUCUCAGAAAGUGAGGAUGAGGAGAGGGGUGCCAAAGAGGAAGACCCUCUUGUCCCUGAUAGAGUGAAUGAAAUACAGAUGUGUGCAGAUUGGCCAAAUCCUUGGAUGCUUAGGAAUUGUAACAGUAAUGAAAAAGAAGGUGAAAUCCAGACAGACCCUGAACAACUACCUGAGCCUGUUGUCCGGAAGUUUUCUACAAGUGAGGAAGAUGAAAGACCAGAAGCAGAGGAAGAAAUUUUGUUGGAAGAAUCUGAGGAAAGACCAUCCCUUAGAAAAAGAUUUCAGCUCAACCAGGAUACUGAGCCAGUGGGCAGCCAAGAAACAAAAGAUUCUAGCAACCAGGGCAUAUUAUCCAAAUUGAGGGCAUUGAAUCAGAAACUCAACAAGGAAAACCAUCACUCCAAGAAGCAAACAGUGAGUCAGGCAGGGACAAUUCUCCAGGGCCAAAGAGAGGAAUGUGCCUCAGAAAAAGAGCAAUAUCUGUUGCUUCAGAGGCCAGAGAGAGUACAAAUUCUGGAAGAACUAGAAGAUCUGGGCAAAGAAGGGCAUUUUCAAAAUAAGGAACUCCCCAGACCUUUGUUAAAAUGGGAUAAAAUGAAAAGAAACCUAAAUAACCAGACUGAUGCCCCUAAGGGGCAGAAGAAGGAGCAAGUGAUUGAUCUCCAGAACUUCCUGAUUACAAAAUCUCCUUCUAUGAAGUCUUUGGCCAUUCCCACAGCAAUAGAGGAAUUGGAAGAUGAAGAGGAAAGAAACCUAAAGCAGAUGAUAAAGGAAGCUUUUGCUGGAGAUGAUGUCAUCAGAGAUUUUUUGAAGGAGAAGAGGGAGGCUGUGGAGACAAAUAAGCCAAAAGAUGUGGACCUGACGCUGCCUGGCUGGGGCAAGUGGGGUGGUGUAUGCCUGAAGCCCAAUGCCAAGAAAAGAUGUCGGUUUCUCAUUAAAGCCCCUGAAGGUCCUCCAAGAAAAGACAAGAAUUUGCCAAAUGUGAUUAUCAAUGAGAAGCGCAACAUCCAUGCAGCAGCUCAUCAGGUACAGGUGGUUCCAUAUCCAUUCACUCACUAUCAGCAAUUUGAAAGGACCAUCCAGACCCCUAUAGGGUCUUCAUGGAACACCCAGAGGGCCUUCCAAAAGCUCACCACCCCCAAGGUAGUCACCAAGCCAGGCCAUAUCAUUAAGCCCAUAAAAGCAGAGGAUGUGGGUUGUCACUCUUCUUCAAAGUCAGACCUGUCUGUCAUACAGAGCAUUACUGCACGACCCACUGGAAAUCACAAAAAACAGCUGAAGAAAAACUUUAUAGAUUGAGUUGCCAGAGGACUGACAUCUUGGUGCCCAGGACUGGGAGCCCUGACUGGUCAUCCUUUGAUCAGUGUGGCAGGAUCAAUUCCAGAACCAGCUUAGCACAUUGUGGGUGUGAUUAAGCCACAUUUUAGAAAUAAAAGCUUUUUUUUCUAAUAAAAGCUUUUUUAUUUAUUAAAAAAUAGUAAAACUUCUAAAUCUCUAGCACAACUAAGAUAAAAAUUGAAAAAAUACAAAUCAUCAAUGUGAUUAAAUAAACAGGAAUUAGUACUAGA